AUGAGCAAGUACAUGAAUUCUCUACCUUUUGAACAACAAGAACAGCACUGGGCCAUUUUAAAUACCAUGGUUCCAGCUGAACAAGAAAGGUACUUUAAAGAUCUUGAUAAAAAAUAUGAGAGUACUUGUCGAACUGAAUAUACUCCAAAAGUUACUGUUUCUCCACAAUCUGGCCUUCGACAAAAACUAUACGAAGCGGUUUUGAAAAUGGAACAGGAAGAAGAAGAAAGAAAAAGACAGGAAAUUUUAAAACAUGUUGAGGUACUUUGUGCAACAUCAAUGAUAGUUUCUUCAGAUACAGAAAAUAUGACUAGCCAGGGGUAUUUUUAUGAAAAGAAAGAGCCUGAAAACGGAGAAAAUCAAAAUUCGUUUCCCCUGGACAAUAAUACCGAUGAUGUCAUGUUAAAAUACAAAGAUCAAGACCAAAGACUUGAAAUAAACAAUACAUAUUGUAUUAUACAUAACAGCUCUCUUGAAUCUGAUGAAUGGAAACCAAGUGUUGUUUCAUCUGUGACCACCAUGGAGUCUCUAGAAUCUUUUAACAGUGAACCAGAACUGUUCACAGAGUCUCCCAAAAAGAAGCAUCAAAUAAGAAGUAAAUUAAAAAACUUAUUUAAGUUAUCUCUUAAAUAG